GUCAUGGCCAGUUGGUUUUUCAUUCUGGUCUGGCAGCUUGACAUUGGGUGAGCAUCAAACAGCUAACAUUGGCCUAUUGUACUGGGUCAGGGCAUGGCACUAUGUAGUACUCUGUAGUGGAGAGGCUAAUCCAGAUCAUAUGAAAGCAGAGAUACCAUACAACAGAAGCACAUAUUAGACAUGGAUAUCUCAUGAAAGACAUGAUUUAUACAUUUAACCUCGGUGGCUACGAGAAGCUGCUUACCUUACUACGGCUUAUGGGAUCAGAUCACCCCCCAAUGCAUGCGGCGCAAACCAGCAACGCUACAACAUCCCCAGAGAGCAAUGACUCUCACCACUAGGAAAGCCAGCAAGCACCACCAUGGCAUCACAAACACCACUCCAGUCCCUCGCGCAAAACACCCAUCUAUAUGAGCCCCCAUCAGUCACAGACGCUACCCCCAACGAUCCAUCCCUCGUCAUCCUCUGCACAUGGCUCGGCGGCGCAACACCCCGCCGCAUCCACAAGUACAUCGAGGGGUACCGACAACAAUUCCCUAACACCUGCAUCCUCCUCAUAACCAGCAUCGUCCUCGACAUCACCAUCCGCACCAUCCACGCCCUCCGCGCCCGUCUUCAGCCCGCGCGCGACGCGAUCGCCCGUAUCCUCACCACCCACAAUGGCCGAGCCAACGUGACAUCCCCCAGCGGCGACAGCAGCAUCAGCAGCAGCAGCAGCAGCAUCCUGCUCCACAUAUUCUCCCACGGCGGCAGCAACACAGCAGUACAGCUCGCCCUCUCAUGGCACGAAGAGAACAACUACCCCCUCCCGCUGCGCGGGGUCAUCCUCGACUGCUCCCCGGGCGACACCACCUUCCGCCGCUCAUACAACGCCGCCGUGCUCUCUCUCCCCACCGAGACAACGCCUCAUAUCCAGUCCAUCGGCCGCGCCCUGCUGUACCCGACCAUCGCGACCGUGACGGUCCUCCAGCACCUGCACCUCAUGGCGUCUGUGCGCGAUCUGCGCCGCCAGCUGAAUGAUCCCGCUGUGUUUGGGGCGGGUGUUCCCCGGCUAUAUCUGUAUUCAGAGGCCGAUGAGAUGGUAGGUGCGCAUAAUGUGAGAUCGCAUGCGGUGGAUGCGAGGCGUGCCGGGUUUGCGGUUGAUGAGGUUGUGUUUCGGGAGGCGGAGCAUUGUGCGUUGGUUUUGGAGGAUGCGGGGAGGUAUUGGGGGGCUGUGAGGCGGUUUUGGGGGAGGAUUUGGUGAGGUGUGGGGAUGAGGGUGUGCAGGAGAUUCAGAUGAGGGCGGUUGAGGGGAGAGGGUGUAAAUUGUAGUUUGUAAAUAUGUGCUGUUGAG